CUGGUCUGGGGCCAUCAGUCGUGCACGGGUCGGCAGCGCGCGCCGCAGCCGCACCGCCACGGGGUCGCGGAGUGCGAGGGAGUGGAGAGGAGAGGAGGGCGGGAGUCCCCGGGCUGCGCCGGGGUGUGCUGGGCACUAGCAGCAGCAGCAGCAGCAGCAGCAGCAGCAGCAGCUCGGCCGGCGCGGCGCGCUCGCCGACACAGUAGUAGCGAACGCGAUAAAACACCAGCGCGUUGCUAAUCGGCGGGCUCCCCGAGCGACGUGGUCCCCGGGCCCCGGCCGCGGCCAGCCAAUCGCGACAACAACGGGCGCCGCCCGCCAGCACGAGGAGGCCGUCGAGCCCGAGGUGCAGGCCGCCGCCGCCGCGGUGCGCACUCCUGGACGGGGCCGCAGUCGCAGACCGAGACUCGCUCUUCGCCGCCGAGGAAGAGGCCGCCAAGGGCCCGGCUGGAGAGCGUUGACGGGGACGGCCGCGGCAUGGUGGCAGCGUGCCCCCGGCAGCCGGGCGGGGCGCGAGGUCCGCAAGAGGCGCGCGGGACGACCCCCGGGCGUGCCUGUCGGCGUGCCUUUACGCGUGCCUCCCGUGGAGGGCCCCAAGGUCGUGACAGUGGUCGCAGGUUUAGCUGAGCCCGAGCAGCAGACCCCCCCGAAUGCAGAUCGGGCUUCGCGUGUUAGCGUGUUAUGUGCGCGAGCGUGCGCCGAGGAAGCGUGCGCGAGCGCACCCACUGCUGUGCGUGUGUUUGUCAGUGUGUGUGUGAUCGUCAGUAAGAGUGAAAGGUAGGAGAGGGGGAGGGACGCGCCAGGCGCGCGACAGAGAGCGGGUGCGUGGGCACGGACAGGCCAGGGCGCGGCGCGGGCAUGUGCUCGGGCGCAGAGGCCGGGGCCGCGGCCCGGAGGCCCGCCAUGUUUUGGACGUGAUCGGCGACCAGCAGAGAGUUCGGAGCGGAGGCCGCCGGUCCCGCGCGAUUAUGACGGGCGACGUGAACGCGUCCGAGCCCCUGUCUUACCUCGGCCUUGGCCUCGACUUCGGCCUCGGCUACGACAACACCACGGACCUGGGCGUGGCCGCCGCCGCCAAUGACUCCCUGGCGACGGCCUCCAGCACCGUCGGCGUCCUCCCCGCGUCUUCCGCCUCGUCACCGGUGGCCUUCGUGGCCAGCCUCCGGAACCUGAAUGUGCCGUACGCGGCGUGCGAGGCGCUCGUCGCCGUCAUGGCCGUGGUCGGCAACGCCCUCGUCAUCCUGGCCUUCCAGCGCGAGCGCCGCCUGCGCCGCCGCACCAACUACUACAUCGUGUCGCUGGCCGUGGCCGACCUCCUCGUCGGGCUGCUCGGCAUCCCCUUCGCGCUGCUCGCGUCCGUCGGCCUGCCCCACAACCUGCACGCCUGCCUCUUCACCGUGUCGCUGCUCGUCGUGCUCUGCACCAUCUCCAUCUUCUGCCUCGUCGCCGUGUCCGUGGACCGCUACUGGGCCAUCCUGCACCCGCUGGGCUACUCCAGGAACGUCAGCACCAAGAAGGCCGUCGGUAUCAUCGGCGUCUGCUGGGUGGCGGGCACGCUCGUCGGCCUCCUGCCGCUGCUCGGCUGGCACCGGCCCGAGGCCGAGGGGCAGCAGUGCUACUUCACCCGCGUCAUGGACUACAACUACCUCGUGUUCCUCUACUUCUUCACCAUCAUCUUCCCCGCGCUCAUCCUGGCCGCCUUCUACGCGCACAUCUACCAGGUGGUGCUCAAGCAGCUGCGCCGCAUGGAGCGCCAGAGCCCCGGCGGGGGCAUCCGCGGCGGGGCCGUCUGCGGGGUGGGGGCGGGCGGCGGGGGCGGCACCAUGCUCCGGGUGCUGGGGGCGGCGCGCAAGCGCGAGGUGAAGGCCACCCAGAACCUCUCCAUCAUCGUCCUGUUCUUCGUGCUGUGCUGGUUCCCGCUCUACACCAUCAACUGUGUGCAGGCCUUCUGCCCGGAGUGCUACGUGCCACCCGCCGUCCUCGACUGUUGCAUCAUCCUGAGCCACCUCAACUCGGCCGGCAACCCGCUGCUGUACGCCUACCACCUCAAGGACUUCCGCGCCGCCCUCCGCGCCCUGCUGGUCGGCCCGGGUCUGGGCCCAGACGCAGCCCUGGACUUCGGCAACACGGGUGUGACGGCGCUGUCGGCGGCCUCGCGCACGCCGCUCGCCCUCCAGAGGAACAACGUGGUGCUGUGCACGCCGUCCGCCUCGCCCGUGCCGGGACUCAUGGUCCCGCUGUCUACUAUCAGCAGGACCUGCACCGGCAGCCUGUGGUCCCUGCAGCCCCGCUACGCCCCCGCUCUGCCGCUGACGCCGUCCCGGUCGGCUUCAGACCUUGGGUCGGCCUCCCCAUCCGGAUCUGAGUCGGGCACCGAGAUCGCCGUGGCCACAGAGAAGGACGGACACCUUGCCGCGCCCCUCCCGCGGAGAACGCGGCGGAGCCCGCGAAGCAGCCCCCUGCCGGGGCCGAGGCCGGGGCCCCUGCCCCUGCCCCGCACCCCCACUUCGCCUGUGUCACCGCGCUCGCCCAAGCCCCGCUUGUCGCCCCUGCGCGCCGUCGGGGAGUUCUUCACGGGUUGUUCCUGGAAGGAGGAUGUCAACGGUAAGGCUAGCAAGGCGUCGUCGGUGAGCACGGAGCCUCUCGACAUCGACGCCAUCUGAUUUAGUAGUGCUCCACACCGAAGAGAAUGCGCUUUCUCACAGUCAUUUAAAUGUAGGGGAAGAACCAUUUGCAACAUAUAAGACUUUGUGCCAAUAACACUCGUUUCUGCGCUUAGUGUGUGUAUGGUGUGUCCUGUAUCGACUCUUUUAGCAGUCUGUUUAUGAUCUCAAAUUUGCUUUAAUGCGUUGAUGUAAGUGAAUAACAAAUCCGACUUUUAAUUGCCAAAAAUAUGUAGUUUUUGUUUUUAAAAGAACCCUAUUAGAGUAAAAUAUGUACUUAGACUUUAAUUGUUAAGUUUUCUUACUCCUAAAUGAAAUCAUCAUAGCUUAUAUAAUGUGUUAUGCACAUUUCCUUUACAAUUAUACCUUUAAUGAUUAGUUAGUGCAUUCUGCCUCUGUUCUUUCAGUCAUUGCUAUAAAUUAGUUUCACCCUUCUACACUUCCAGAAACAAAACAUAAAAUGAUUAGAUUAUUUUUCUCAAAGUUUGUUGGGUGAAAUGGUUGUGUAGUUCACAUUUUGCUAUUUUUGAAAAAGUACAGUACAUAGACGGUUUCAAAAGGAUCACAAUAAAUUGAAUGUAUUUUCAAUCUUCUACAACAAAAUUUACUCUACCAUUUUAUAAUCAAAUAGGAUACAAAUAUCUUGUAUUUUCCUGAAAAACGGUCUCAGAAAAAAUGUACAUAAUAGUUCAAAAAUUUUGUAUCAACUUAUAGAAAAAAAGAACUUUGAAAGUUUUCUUGAAAAAUGCAGAGAGCAAAUUUUUCUUCAGAAGAUGAGGAGAGUCUAUACAGCAUUAGAUUAGAUUAGAUUACCUCGCUUUAAAAAGAAAUAUCAACUGACCAGUACAAAAGUUAACAAUCAGAAAUGUUAAAUAUUUCAAUAGAUUGCAAUUAUUCUGUUGGUUGUAUAAAAUUCAUGAUGCAUUUAAAUCACAUACACUAUUUUAGCUUUCUUCUUGCAUUUCCUAUGAUAUGAUGUACAUAUGAUUUUAGUGAUGGUUACUAAUAAGCCAUCACCUUAUAGAGGGUUAACACUGACAAGAAUAAUAUUAACAACAGUGACUACUAAACUUAACAAAAAUUUUACAAAAGAUCUUUCAAAUUACAUCUUUCUUACCUAUCACUUACCAACAAAAACAAAAAAGCAAUUAGAUAAUUACCUAUGUCACAACAGUGAUGGUUGGAAACAAACAGAGUAUCCAAUAGAAUUUCAGCAAAAUACACCAUUUUUGAAAUAAACACACGUACAAAGUAAGA